GUUAUUAUGCUAAUGAUGUGUCAUCAGGACUGAGGGUGGGAAGUUUAGGGAAAAAUAAGAGCGGCGGGCAGUGGUUUGUACUUGUCUAGGGGGUAGUAUAGGACAUUUAGAAAAUCCUUUCUUUGUGACAGCGCUGUCAUAAAGUUGUCGCGAUAGCAGGAGUGUAAUACUGGGCGCAUUUCUUCCACAACUGGACUGUUAGCAGCAAAGCUAACAGGCUGUUUCUCGUCUUCUUGGGUCCGGACGGGACGGAAGAGGGAUGUCCUGCAGCUUACUUGAGUUCUGUCGGCUUCAAGAGUUCAAAACGGUCCGGCACUUCUUGUUUCGGAACGAGAAAAGCGAGCCAGUCGAAGAGAAGAGUCAAACAGAAGAUAAUGAGCUGUCUUGGGACACCUCUGACUGGGAGUCAGCAUGGGAAGGUGGUGAUAAUAAAGAGGAGGAAUCCACCUCUGAUAAAAAGGUCACGGAUGAUGCUGGCGGGCAGGGUGAACCGUGGCUGCAGGACUGUGUCGUGUCCCUGUCGCCCUGCGCUGACCUGCUGGUGGUGGCCCGUGAACAGAAGGCAGCCUUUCUCUCAGCUAAAUGGCGAACAGAUGACAGCGGCAGAGAAGAGAUGACUCUGGGAGUAUCUUGGACUGGAACUCUUAGCACUGAGGAAGGAGAGUGUGUGAGCAGCACCAUUUGUAUUCCCUUGGCAAGUCAGAAGAGGAGCUCCACUGGGCGGCCUGACUGGACAUGUGUAGUCGUGGGUUUUACAUCUGGUUAUGUCCGUUUCUACACUGAGAGCGGCGUUCUGCUCCUUGCCCAGCUGCUACACGAGGACCCGGUACUGAGGCUCAAGUGUCGCACUUACGAGAUCCCUCGCCACCCUGGAGUAACUGAGCAGCACGAGGAGCUGAGCAUCCUCUACUCUGCUGCAAUGGUCACCAUAGAUGGAUUCAGCCUCUUUCAGUCUCUGCGGGCCUGCAGGAAUCAGGCGGCAAGAGCUGCAGCAGCAGGUAAUGAUGUGAUCCAGCCUCCUCCUCUGGCCUAUAAGAAGUGGGGUCUGCAGGAAAUGGACACCAUUGUGGACCACAGCAGCGUGGGUAAGAGUCUCGGGUGGUUGGGAUGGAACAAAAACAAGAACGAAGAGGAGGCUCCCCAGAAACAGAAGCCCAAGGUGGAGCCUGCCACCCCUUUAAGUAUCAGAUUUGGUCUCCCAGACUCUCGGCGGCAUGGCGAGUCGAUAUGUCUGUCCCCGUGCAACACGCUGGCUGGAGUGACUGAUGACUUUGGCCGAGUCACACUGCUGGACUUGGCCAGGGGCAUCGCCAUUCGCAUGUGGAAAGGUUACAGAGAUGCCCAGUUGGGUUGGCUGCAGGUUCCAGAGGAGCGUAGCGAGCGGGAUUUAUCCCCCUCAGCGUCCCUCCCCAGACGCCACGCUCUGUUCCUCGUCAUCUACGCCCCUCGUAGGGGGAUCCUGGAGGUUUGGGCAAUGCAACAGGGGCCUCGGGUCGGAGCUUUCACUGUAGGCAAACAUUGCAGGUUGCUGUAUGCUGGUUACCGUCUGAUGGGGGUGAACAGUGUGACCAGUCAGGGUUGGCAGCUCCACACACAGCAGGUGUGUCUGCUUGAUCCAAUCACAGGAGUUCUGAGGACCGUGAACAUUCCCUUCCACCUGGCUCUCAGUGAUAAGAAGAGCGAGCGAGCCAAAGAUAUGCACCUGGUAAAGAAACUCACUACCCUACUAAGGAGCCGAGACAUUGAGCUUGAUAUAUUGGAGAGUGAAGCCAGAAGCAUCGUACUAGAUAUCAAACACCCUGCAGUUAAGAAGCAGGCACUGGAGUCUCUUCUGUCAAAUAAAAACACUCCUGUCUCUUGUCUUGUUAACAUCACACGUGCCUUAGAUGACACUUUGAAACGGCAAGAGCCUGAGGAAGUGGAUGCUGAGUUGCUUCAGCUCUGCUCAUCACAGCUCAAACUACUGCAGCUCUACACAGACAUCCAGCAACUACAUUCUGCCGCAGAUGUCGAGGAAACCGCUGAAAAUGACUCCCUUGAAGGCAUAGAGGAGGAAUUGUCCCGUGUUGCACCGACCUUGCAGCGCUAUGCACAGUUCACACCAAGACCCAGUGUUUCGUUUGCCCAGGAUUCGCCUGACUCCCCCCUGCCUGCUCAGGCUUUUCUCUCCCAGUUGAAGUGCACAGAGGAUGAGGAGGUUAAGGUGAUCCGUAGGUCUGAAACUGAAUGGAACCAGUUGGGAAACUUCUUGUUCUGGAGUUGUCUGUGUGGAAAAAGUCCACUCCAUAAAGUCUGUUACACACUACAGCAGGCCGGCAUCAGCCCACAGCAGCUUCUGUCUUUGCUGUUGAGUGUGUGGUUGCAUCGGGAGAAGGAGUUGCUACAGAAACCAGAGGAAAAUGUUCGAAACCUCCACAGACUACUUGUCGCCCUCAGCGAUAUGAAAGGUGCAGUCGAGGAGUCGUGGGACACACAGUCAAUCUCCCCCUGGUGGCAGCAAGUCCGCACUACAUGUGUUCAGUCCCACAACGCUGCCGCUGCCCUGCUGGCUGCACUGGUUGCUCACCGUGCUGCUAAAGCUAGCAUCACAAGCCGAGCUGAUAGCAAGUUUCAGUCAGAGUGGGAGGCAGUGUCACUGGAGUUGGAGCAGUGGGUGGUGUGUGUUCGCCAGCUGGAAGACGUGCUGGUGCUGCAGACUCUGCUGUUGGUGCCUCCUCCACCAGGAGCAACAGGGGGCGCUACAGUUCAGUGCUCUAUUAAAACAUUGUUGGAGGGAGGCACAGGCGGUAUUGCCGACAGCGUCUCUAAGUGGGUGUUUAGACAAGACAUUUCCCCAGAGCGGCUCAAGGAAAUCCUCCAGAAAAGGGGAAAUAAAGAAGCAGAUGACAAUGUGGAGCAGAGAGACGAAGAAGAAAGACAUGAGCAGGAGAAAAGCCAAGAGGACACAGACAGGACAGCAGAGUUGCUGUUAGCAGUAUGCCAGCGGUUCCCACACUCUCUCUCACCUGAUUUUCUCUUCACCCACUGCUGCUGGGAGUAUGUGGUGCAGUGGAACAAAGACCCAGAGGAGGGUCGAUAUCUCUGCUGGUCUGUGGAACAUUUGAAGAUGGUCUCCAGUCCUCAUAUUCAGCAAGGUGUUUGUACAAUGAUGUGGAGCACAUUCAUUGCCAAGCGUCUCUCGGCAGCAACCUUUCUCAUGGAGAAAGUGGGGAAAGCACCCAAAGAUCGCUUGUGUCGACGGGAUGUCGGGAUGGGAGACAAAGCCAUGACGUCCUUCCUGGGCUGCUGCGUCCAGCUGCUGAAUAUCCUCAUGGAGGCGGACUCAGCGGUGGAGGAGGUUUCUGCCCCAGAGUUGUCCAUCGAGGAGGCGUGGUCUGGAGCCGAGGGCCCAGCUUCCAUUGCUGAACUUGCCCUGGAGCAAAGAGGUGUUCACUACCCGCUGGUCCAGCACCACUGCCUGUUAGCAUCCCUGCUACAUGCUGCUAUGACCUUCAGUGUCAAGGUCAAACCAUUCAGCCUUUUUGAUAGCAAGGGUAAGAACGCUUUCUUCAGAGACCUGACGACCAUCCAGCUGAUGCCCAGCGGAGACAUGGACCCAGGUUUGGUCUCUGUGCGACAGGAGUUCCUCCUGCGGGUGCUGACCGGUUGGGUUCAGGCUAUAGAUGAUCCCUCUAGCUCCGCUCCACUUCCUUCAAGCGGACCCAAAGCCGAGUGGUGGCCCUCGCUGUGUUUAGAGCUCGGCUCUCUGCUGCAGGUCAACCCAGACAUCCUGCGGCGGCAUCUCGUCUGCGAGCUCUACAGCCAAGGACUGGAUCUUCGGGCAGAAGAGGUGAUGUUGGAGGUGGAAGAUAAGGAUGUUUUGGGCUCCCAGUUGUUGGUGCUGACAGGUCAGAGGCUGAGCUACUCGCUUCUCCACAGCCAGAACCAGACGCAGGCCGCCAUGGAGCUGCUGGCCCGCCUGCCCCCCACCCUCUGCACGUGGCUGAAGGCGAUGGACCCACGUGAGCUGCAGUGUCCCCUGAUCCCGCUGCCCCAGACCAGCCGGCUGGUCGGUCGUCUGAUCGAGAUACUGCCGGAGAACCACGCUCAGUACAGUCUGGCCCUCCACCUGCUGGAGGCCGUAGAGGUCCUCACCACAGAGGACUGAGGGGGGGAUGCUGCAGAUAGUUGGAAUGUGAGAGACUGUCAGAGAGGAAGAGGAUAAAGAACUUUCUCACCCCCGUUUGGAGGUUUUGUUGUUCUGCUCAGUAAUCAUAGGUGGUGUUAAACACGGUGGAUUCAGAGGCUUUUAAUCGUUUUUUUUAAUCCAUCUUAUUUCCCUGCAUGUGACAACAAAUGAGAUUAAAUAUUUGUGUUAGUACUCACGUUAAAGUCAGACACCCUGUGUGCCGUGUCAGACGACGACUCCUCUUCUUCACAGAUCAGAAAUGUAUUAGCAAGAAAAAUGGACCUGAUUUUUUAUUUAUAUAUGCAGACUGAACUUUAAUAGCUGUGCCUGUACACCAGCUGCUCCCAUGUAGAAUAAAGAUGCUUCUUAAAGCUUGGA